AUUUGUUGUUUAGAUGAUUACUCCGACGAAAUUGAUCGAGAAGCAAGGAGAUUGCUGCAAGUUCUCCCAGCUUUCGACCCUGGUGUUGGACGAGUGAGUCUAGAAUGCAAGAGGCACACUGAAAUUUUUCACCGAGAGCUUGCUAAGUUCACUUUAUGGGCCCUCAAAAUGUACGAUGCAACGGCAAAAAUACCGUCUGGCCUUCUGAACGGAAAUGUAAAUCAAUUUGGCGACUUCGACGAGUGUGUUGGAAUCGAAGGAAGCGACGGGAUUCAAGGACAAUAUUGCUUGGCGUAUCUUCAAUUGAGCAUCGACGAGUCGCGUCUGGAUUUGAAGCAUCUUCAUCGGUUGAUACAUUCUCAUUACGCUUUCAGAAGCAACAUUACCGAUCCUGGACAUCGUGUACCUCGAUUUAAUAUAGUAAAUUGGGCAGUCUGUACACCAGCAUCAUGUAGUUUCAAAGACGUUGAAACGUCUAUUCACGAAAUCCUUACUAGAUACAGUUCACAAACUGGUCUGAAAGUUACAGUGAAGGUGAACAAAGAUAUGUGUCAAGUAAAGAGUAAAGAUCCUGUACCAAACGAGACUGUACUUGUUAGCUUGCUCGUCAUGGCUAUAUUUGUCUUAACAAUCGUAGCAGCACUUUAUGAUCAUUACAAAAUACCAGCGAGUGAACUGCUAUUAUCGUUUUCUUUAAAACGUAAUUUUAAAAAGCUUGUAUCAUUGGAACGAAGGCAGAAUGACAUAGCUACACUUCAUGGCAUUCGAGCUAUAAAUGCUCUAAUGCUGCUUCUUGCUCAUAAAAGCAUGGCUCUCUUUUUUAAUCCUUAUGCAAACAGAACGGAAAUGAGCGAAUAUCUUGGUAAACCAUGGACAGUCAUAGGAAGAGCUGCCAGCCUUUACACAGAUCCGUUUAUAAUGCUUUCUGGCCUUUUAACAUCAUAUUCUUUUAUUGGAAAACUAAAAAAGACUGGCAACUUGGACAUAAAAGAUGAAUAUGUAUCACGUUUGAUCAGGAUAGUACCACCUUUGGCAACUUUGAUAUUGUUAUGCACUUAUGUAAUACCUUACAUCGGUUCUGGGCCACAAUGGAACUUGGUGAUAACUGAACAUGCAAAUAUUUGUAAAAAUACAUGGUGGAGAAAUUUCCUAUUCAUCCAUAAUUAUUUUGGAUUUGAAUCUAUGUGCCUCACACAUACUCAUCACUUAGGCAUAGAUAUUCAAUUAUUCGUUUUCUCACCUUUAAUGGUGCUUCUUCUUUAUAAAAAGCCAAAGAUUGGAGCCAUCAUUCUUACUGUGUUUGCUCUGUUUUCAACGGCACUUCGAUAUUUUGUAACAUAUUACAGAGAAUUAAGUAAUUAUGUCUUCUUUGGUACCUCAAUAAAACAACUAUUCGAUACUGCAGAUUUUUCAUAUACUCUACCCUCGCAUAGACUGACAGUUUAUAUAAUAGGAAUUUUCAUGGGAUAUUUGUUAAGAUAUUUACCUAGAAAUUAUAAGAUAAAUAAAAUAGCCCUUUACGCAGGUUGGAUUCUAUGCACAAUAAUGUGCUGCUGCGCAUUUUUUGGGCCUGCCGGUAUGGGAUCUAUAAAUUAUAUAUACAACCCAAUAGAUGCAGCAAUGUAUAAUGCAUUUGCUCCUAUUGGUUGGUGUGCCAUUUUCGCAUGGGCAACUUUCAUGUACCAUACUGGAAAUACAAAUGAUUGGUUCACUAGAUUUUUAGCAUGGAAGGGAUUUUUAAUUACUACAAGGCUGAGUUAUGCAAUAUAUUUAACUCAAUUUCCAAUAUACUUUUAUAAUGUUGGAAGAACUCGAAGUGCAGAACAUUUUGCAUUCUUUAGCAUGCAAUUCGAUCUAAAUGAAUUUUUAUGCAUUAUGGUUUUAUCAAUAAUUCUUACUUUACUAGUUGAUACACCAUUUCAAAAUAUUAAAAAUUAUUUAAUGAAAAAAUCUUUAUCGCCAGAAGCAACAAAACAAUUGUCGAAAGUACAAUAAUUUUUUUACCAAAUAAUUAUAAUUUAAUCAAAAAUACUGUAAAUAGCAUCUACAAAUUUUAUUUCAUUGUUAGUCAAAUGAAAUCCUAUAGUUUGCCCUCAUAUACAAUGUAUAUGACAGCUGUAAGAACAAUUAUAAUUUAUACAAAUAUUCUUAUAUUUGAUUUAUAUAAGUAUCUGUAAAUAAUAUUUUUAUAAUUGUAAUAUUAAUGUUAAUAUUUUAAUAUUAAUAUAAUUUUUAAAACUCUUUCUGUGAAUACAAAUAUAUACAAAUUUUGAUUUAGUUUAUUUUAUUAUAGUGUUAUUUAUUUAAGGGCAUCUUUUUUAUUCUAUUAUUAUUUUAAAUGAACUGCACAUUAGUGAAAAUUA